AUGAAACCCAGAGAAAUCGACGAAUCAAGAAAGGAAAUAUCUGUUCUUGCCAAAUUAAAUCACCCAAAUAUUGUGAAGUAUUGUCACUCAUUUGAAGAAUCUGAUGCAAUUUAUAUUAUUAUGGAAUACUGUGACGGUGGCGAUUUAUACACAAAGAUUAAUUCACAAAAAGGAGUUCUAUUUGCAGAAGAUGAAAUCCUCGAUUGGUUUGUGCAAAUAUCAUUAGCUGUGAAACAUAUUCAUGACCACAUGAUCUUACACCGGGAUAUUAAAUCUCAAAAUAUCUUUCUAACAAGCAAGGGAAGAAUAAAAUUAGGCGAUUUCGGUAUAGCCAAAAUUCUUAAAAAUACCUUCGAUUUGGCACGAACUUGCAUUGGAACUCCGUAUUACCUCUCACCUGAAAUCUGUGAGAAUAAGCCUUACAAUAAUAAAAGCGAUAUCUGGGCCCUCGGCUGUGUUUUAUAUGAACUUACAACUCUUAAACAUCCGUUUGAUGCUGGUAACAUCAAAAGCCUCGUCCUCAAAAUUAUAAGCGGACGCUAUCCACCGAUAUCUCCAAAAUAUAGCAUUGACCUCCGAAAUCUUAUUUCAAAACUCUUUCAGCGAAACCCACGGCAAGUUACUCUAGUUUUUAACUCGCAUCUAGCUCUUUACUACGUAUCCUAUAAUCUGAUGAUCUUUCUUCAGUUUUCGUCCGAGUAUUACAGCGGUCCUCAAGAGAGGAAGUGUGAAAAGAAAGUGAUGGCAGAGCGAGCAGGAAGCCGACCUCCGAGGAUGCCAUCUUCAAUAGUUGGAAAGGGUCAUUGUAACAAAUGUAAUAAACAAAGUCCAAGAAUCGCUAAACGACAGUCGACUUCACGAUCAAGAAAGUUUCCUCCGAAUCAGGUUCUGAAGCACAUAUCAAAGGAAAAAUUGAUUAGAAGACGCGAUCUCAUUGCAUCAAUUCAUCAAAAAAAGCAGAAAGCCAUUUCUCGAAUUUGCAAGGAAAUGCUGCUAGAAAAACCGAAAGGAAAUGCAUGUAUUCACGCAUCGCCCACUCCGCCAUCAGCUAAGCUGUUUAUAGCCCUAGACAAGAUCUCCCGUCAUUAUCGCAACUCUCCAGUACCCAUGAUUAGACCGUCGGUAGAAAUUCCAGUUUUAGUUCCGAAAACACCUCGAUUAGAGGUGGUUUCAGUGGGAACUCUAAGUCGAUAUCUCGAGGAACUCAAGAGACGCUCUCAUGAAAGUGAACAAGGAUCCGUGUCAGAGUGUAAAAAUAGACAAGGCAGGAAUUCUUCCGUGGGAGGUGGAUCAGAUGUGUCUACAGUGGAUUCUUCAUCCUCAUUAAUGGUUGUUGGAAAACCAGUGGCAAAAGUCUAUCCGAACGUGAAAAAGUACAAUGAUGUAGAUGACCGAGAUCCGCUUAUGCUGAAUUACAUUGAAAGACGCUUAGCUGCGGAAAGGAACAGAGCGAAAUCAGACAACCGAUCCUACGGCGUGGCCUGCGCACUUGGUCGUGUUUGCCCAUAUGUUGUGGAGCGAAAGAAGAGUCCCGCUGGCAGAGUUCAAUGCACUGAACCAAUGGAAUUUCCCCAUGUACACUAUGAUGCAAAAUCUAAGUGCGGAAAGCCCCCUGAGAGCAUACCAUCCAUUUCCUCAGUAUUGGAACACUUAAAGACUCCUCCACCGAAUAAAGUUCGAAUUGCCGAGGGACAUCCGAUCAUGAAAAAUGAUCCACCAUCUAUUUCACGAGAGCCAAGCCAAAGGCUGAUUGAAAAGAAGAAACAAAUUAUACUGAGACGAAUUAAUUCCCGCUCCUCAAAUCAUGAAUCACCGAGGUCAAUUACUUCUGUAGAAAAUGAUAGUUCCGAACCGAACUUUCCAGGUUCAGUGGAUUUAUCCAUUCCAUAUCGGAAGGUCUGGAAUAAGGCUCCUAUCCCCUCACUCCUUGAAAAAAUGAGUUCUGCUGAUGUCGACACGGAUGGCUUCCUUGUUGUUUUAACAGGCAAAACGAUAACACAGCACUGCGGUGAGAAUUCAUCGACUAAUAGACCUGGGAAUUCCGAGACGAUAGAGCAUGGAAUAGCACAUUCGCCAAUACGAGACAAGAUGGAAAAAGGUGGUCUUAUUAAACACGAGGGAGAACUUAACUUUAAUAGUAUGGUUUACAUAGAAGCCACUUUACGGAGUAUAUCCGCGUCUCUCCCCGAUUUGAGUGACUUUGCAACUAAUGGAGGGCAGUUGUCAAAGCAAUGGUCUUCUAUGCCUUCCAUUUUCCAGCAUCAAUUGAACUCCGCUAAGAUCUCAAGACGCACAGGUUCUCUCGAAAUUCUUCCCGAAAGUGCAUAUGAAGAGGAUAUAUUGUGCCGACGAUAUUCUCUCGAAAGCAUUCCAUCACUAAGCUUAGUUCCCGCAACUCGAACUCCUGAACUAAGUUCUAGCCCCUCUACAUCAACGCUGAGAUAUGCUGUUAUAAAUUCCUUUGGCAUUGAUUUUGAUCAAAACUUCAACCAGACGACCGCUAAGCCCCUGGAGCUAUUCGACUCCCGAAAAUACACUUCUGAGGAACCACCGAGACGGAGUAUCAAGAGAUCGCAUUCAGAACCAUCGAUUAGUUACCAAGCGGAGGAAUAU